AGGGUCCUGCCCUGCAGUACAGCUGGAAUAUGGCGGGCCGUGGAGGCGACGUGAUGUGUUCAUGGUCCGGAUCUGCUGCCAGCGAACAAACAUGUUCAGCGGCGUCCGAGGAGCAGAAACCAAAGAAGAGGAGCAAAGCUUUCUCCCUGACCAGGAUGAAGUCCCGCAACAUCACCGGCAAACAGCUCAAGCAUCAGCCCGCCGUGCACAACAACAACAUGCCGUUUACGAUCCACUGCCAGAUCGGGAAAGAGAUCAAACACAUCUGCAGCAACUGCCGGGGAGCCGAGCAGCGGCACGCUGAGGAGGUGGAGAGGUUGGCAGCGAUGCGCUCUGAUUCGCUGGUCCCCGGCACACACACGCCCCCCAUCCGCCGGCGGAGCAAAUUGGCCACCCUGGGACGUCUGUUCAAGCCCUGGAAAUGGAGGAAGAAGAAGAGUGAAAAGUUCAAGCAGACCUCUGCCGUGUUGGAGAGGAAAAUGUCGACUCGCCAGAGCAGAGAGGAGCUCAUCAAGAAAGGAGUGCUGAAGGAGGUUUAUGAGAAAGACGGCUCUUUGACGCUACGUGAGGAGGUGCAGAUGGAGAACGGCCCGUCAGAGUCUGAAGGUACAGAGCAGAUGGAAGGAGCCGCUGCAGCUGUAGGCUUUCUGGAGGUUCAGAAGCCCAGUGAAGCUUUGGGUCAACAGGACCACGUUCAGAAAUCCACUAAGAAGUCCACUGUGUAUCCUGCUGACAGCGCCGAAUCAUCACCACUGUCAAGACCUCCAACGCUACACAAACAACCUCCUACACCACCGCCCAAACCCUUCAACAGGCUACCCAAUCACAUAGCAGGCGGCACCCCGGUGAAGUUGCCGUGCAUGUCGUCCAAGUUUUCUCCUCCUCUACCUCCAAAGAAGUUCCUGAUCUCCGUACCUGCAGGGGGCAUGGAGCCCACUCUGCUCGCCUUCCAGAAGUGCCCCCCUCCCAGCCAUGCUCCAAUGGGCGGGCACUCCCUGCAGUACGGGGUGCUCCACCCCCCCAGGCGGAUCAUAGAGGAGCUCAACAAGACCCUGGCCCUCACCAUGCAGAGGUUUGAGAGCUCCAUGAUGCACUCUGUUCCCGCGGUCAUGAUCAAGUGCGACGACGACAAAGAAAACCUGCGCAACGAGGGGGUCUAUGACGACCUGCCUGAGGAGGAAGAAGAAGAUGACGAGGAGGAAGAAGAAGAUGAGGAGGAUGAAGACGAAGAUGACGAGGAAGAUGAUGAUGAUACAUUGUUUACAAGCACACUGGCCAUGAAGGUGUUACGAAAGGACUCUUUAGCCAUCAAGCUGAAUAACCGUCCAACGCUGAGGGACCUGGAGGACAAAAACAUCCUGCCCAUGCAGUCGGACCAACAGAGAUACGAGUCUCGACAACAGACGGCCACCAAACUGACCAGACGAUUAAGUCAACGGCCGUCAGCAGAGGAACUUGAGCAGAGGAAUAUCCUCAAACCUCGAAACGAUAUCGAGGAACAGGAGGAGAAGAGGGAGAUCAAGAGACAUCUGUCCAAAAAGCUCAGCCAGAGGCCCACAGUGGAGGAGCUGAGGGAGGCGAAGAUCUUGAUCCGCUUCAGUGACUAUGUGGAGGUCGCCGAGGCUCAGGACUACGACCGCCGAGCCGACAAGCCGUGGACCCGGCUCACUGCUGCUGAUAAGGCUGCCAUCAGGAAGGAGCUGAAUGAGUUUAAGAGCACAGAGAUGGAGGUGCACGAGUCCAGCCGUCAUCUGACCAGGUUUCAUCGGCCGUAAGAUGGAUCAGUCUUGUGCUUUUAUACUCACACACCAAGCCUCAAGUGUCCAGACUGCCACCUGCUGCCCUCACACUGACGGACUGUACCUGAACGCAGCGUGUGCUGCGGCCGUCACAGGAAACACCUCAAGUACAAAUGGAUCAAACUCUCACCUGGAGUCUCUCAUCAGUGGAGAUUUU